AUGCUCCAGGUGGCUCCACGAACGCCCACAGAUGGUGCUGAGCCAAGCGCUGCUGCUGUCAAGAAGGGAAUAGGUCCUGGUCCGAGCUCCCACAACUUAGGGGAAAUACAUCACGUCCACUACAACAUAUCCAAAGGAACAGCACAGACCGAUACAGAAACAGGUAAUCUACUUAAAGAAAUGCUGAAAUCAGUAUUCAUUGCUCUACUGAAGGUCCCAGGAAUACUGGAGUGCUCACGAUAUCGCACAAUUAAUCUAAUGUCGCAUAUUCUUCCCGAAAUUCGUGAGACCCAGUUUGGGUUUAUGAAGGAUAAAGGUACAAGAAAUGUUAUCUUCGUCAUAAGAAUGCUCGCCGAGAAAGCCAUUCAACACCAGCAAAACAUCUACUUUGCUUUCAUUAACAAUCAUAAAGCUUUUGAUAGGGUACAGCACUUAGAAUUGGUCAAAAUCCUCGCAAAUAUCCGGAUAGAUGACAAAGUUAUGCAACUUGCCGCAGUCCGCUUAUCCGAUGGAACAACUAACUGGUUCCCAAGCGAGGAGUCCGACAAGGUUGUGUGA